AUGUCGAACACAGAUUUCCCCUUACUUUUUGUCUUAACCUUCUUAAUGUCUGUCCACAAGAUUUCCAAUACAAUGGAUACUAUAGAUACUACACAGAUCCUUAAAGAUGGUGAGACCAUUGUUUCAUCUGAUGGAACCUUUGAAUUGGGAUUUUUUAGCCCUAAAAGUUCAACGAAUCGAUAUGUGGGCAUGUGGUACAAGAAAAUAACAGUUAUGACUGUAGUAUGGGUUGCCAACAGAGAAGUUCCACUUACAAAUACAUCAGGAGUCUUGAAGGUUAUCGAGCCAGGACUUAUAGUUCUUCAAAAUGACAAUAAUGGCGUUAUCAUAUGGUCUUCUAACACAUCACAGCCUGUGAAAACUCCGGUGGCAAAAUUGCUGGACUCAGGCAACCUUGUCGUGAAAGAUGCAAAUGAUGAUGACCCCGAGAAUUUCCUCUGGGAGAGUUUUAAUUAUCCGACUGAUACAAUUUUCUCAGGAAUGAAGUUCGGUUGGAACUUUAAAACUGGUCAAGAAGUGUAUCUAUCAUCAUGGAAGAGUGACGAUGAUCCAUCUUCGGGAGAUUUUAAUUAUCACUUUGAUCCUACUGGUUAUCCACAACAUGUCUUGAAAAAAGGUUCAGUGGUGCAGUUUAAAAGUGGACCUUGGAAUGGACUACGCUAUAGCGGGGCUCCAAACUUGAGGUAUAAUCCUAUUUACAAAUACGGAGUAAUUCUAAACAAAAAUGAGGCGUACUUUUCUUUUGAGCUCCUAAACAGUUCAAUUAUUUCAAGAUUUACCUUGAGCGAAUGUGGUGUAGGACAGCGCAUGACAUGGAUUAAUCGAACACAAGAGUGGACAGUUUACAUCACAGCUCCAACAGAUAAUUGUGACAUUUACGGAUUGUGUGGUGCAUUUGGUAGUUGCAAUAUUGCGAAUUCUCCGGUUUGUGGAUGUUUAGAUAGAUUUCAGCCUAAAGAUCCAGAAGGAUGGGAGAAUGCAGAUUGGUCGAAAGGGUGUGGUCGCAGAACUCCCUUGAAUUGCCAAAAGGGAGACGUAUUUUUCAAGUAUUCUGAUAUUAAAUUGCCCGACACACAAUAUUCCCGGUUUAACAAGAGUAUGACACUGAACGAAUGCAAGGUAGCAUGCCUUAGAAAUUGCGCUUGUACGGCUUAUUCUAGCUUGGAUAUAAGCACAGGGGGAAGUGGAUGCCUACUUUGGUUUGGAGACCUAGUAAACAUCAAAGAACUAGAUGAGGAAGGCCAAGAUAUUUACAUCAGGAUGGCUUCUUCAGAAUUAGAGUUAAAAGAUAGGAAAAGAGAAGUUCUUGAAGUAAGUUUGUCAUUGUCAAUAGGAAUGGUUCUGAUUGGGCUUUGUCUGAUGCUGUUUCUUUGGAAAAGGACGAAAAGAAACCACAUGCUGAGAAAAGGAGGCAGGCUAGUAGACAACUUUAUGAACCGUAAAAAUGAUGAAAUUCACAACAAAGACAUACAGCUACCACUGUUUGAUCUACAUACAUUAACUAAAGCUACAGAUAAUUUUUCAAUUGAUAACAAGCUUGGAGAGGGAAACCUUGUCGUGAAAGAUACAAAUGAUGAUGAUGACACUAAGAAUUUCCUAUGGGAGAAUUUUAAUUAUCCGGCUGAUACAAUUUUCUCAGGAACAAAGUUCGGUUGGAACUUUGGAACUGGUCAAGAAGUGCAUCUAUCAUCAUGGAAGAGUAAUGAUGAUCCAUCUUCGGGAGAUUUUACUUAUCACUUUGAUCCUAUUGGAACGAAGUUCGGUUGGAACUUUAGAACUGGUCAAGAAGCGUAUCUAUCAUCAUGGAAGAGUAAUGAUGAUCCAUCUUUGGGAGAUUUUACUUAUCACUUUGAUCCUACUGGUUAUCCACAACAUGUCUUGAAAAAAGGUUUGCUGGUGCUGUUUAAAAGUGGACCUUGGAAUGAACUCUGCUAUAGUGGGAAGCCUAACAUGAAGUAUAAUCCUAUUUACAUAUAUGGAUUAGUUCUAAACAAAAACGAGGCGUACUUUUCUUUUGAACUCCUCAACAGAUCAAUAAUUUCAAGAUUUACCUUGAGUGAAAGUGGUGUAAGACAGCGCAUUACAUGGAUUAAUCGAACACGAGUGGGAGAUAGAUUUCAGCCUAAAGAUCCAGAAAGAUGGCAAAAUGCAGAUUUGUCAAAUGGGUUUGAUGGCAGAACGCCCUUGAAUUGCCAAAAUGGAGACGUAUUUUUCAAGAAUUCUGGGGGAAGUGGAUGUCUACUUUGGUUUCAAGACCUAGUUAACAUCAAAGAUGAAUACGAUUAA